CUCAAAACAAACGUGCUGCUAAAACUAUUAAAAGACUCGAACGAGCUUUUAUUUCGUGAAAAAGUCUUUUAUAAAUGAAAAAUGGCAGUACGGCCCCAGCACAUGCAUGAUGGUGGUAUUGUGGAACGUAGAUUACGUCCAAUUUAUGACUGGUUAGAUAAUGGAAACAAUAAAAAGGCCUUGCAAGAGGCGGAGAAAGUGCUAAAGAAAAGUCCUUCCUUACAAGCCGCUAAGGCUCUCAAAGCGCUUGCUUUAUAUAGGUUAGGAAAGGGACCGGAGGCCCACGCUUUGCUGGAUGCUCUUGCUGAAGAGAAACCUAGUGAUGAUUCUACGCUACAGGCAAUGACAAUAUCCUAUAGGGAAUCUCAGCAAUUUCACAAGGUAUGCGCAUUGUAUGAGGCGGCCGUGAAAUCGGAACCAACAAAUGAGGAGCUAUAUUCACAUCUCUUCAUGUCGUAUGUGAGGGUUGGAGAUUAUCGAUCACAGCAGAGGUCGGCAAUGGCGUUGUACAAGUUUGCACCAAAAAAUCCAUACUACUUUUGGGCUGUGAUGAGCAUUGUCUUACAAGCUAAAAGUACCGAUGAUGUUACAAAGAAAGGCAUUCUUUUGUCGUUAGCUCAGAGAAUGGUGGACAAUUUUAUAACAGAAAAUAAAAUGGAGGCCGAACAGGAAGCUAGGUUGUACAUCAUGAUAUUGGAGCUGCAAGAGAAAUGGAACGACAUACUUAAUUUUAUUGAAGGACCUCUUUACUCUCAACUGGUUCCACGGUCCACAGCCCAAGCUAGUAUACCAUACAUGAAGAAGCUUGGCCAUUGGAGGCGACUGAAUUUACUUUGUAAAGAUUUGUUAUGGGACAACCAAGAUCGUUGGGAUUAUUACCUGCCAUAUUUUGAUUCUGUCUUCCAAUUAAUGAACAAUACAGAAGCUGAUUCGGAAAGUGGUGCUGACGAUACAGCGGAAAAAUGUCACGAAUUUAUCUGUCAACUUGUUGAAAGUAUGUCUUCCGGUCGGACUUUGAGGGGCCCGUAUUUAGCUAGAUUAGAAUUAUGGAAGAGGUUGUCUGUUGAUGGUGAUCCCACAGCUUUACUUGGUAGUGGCGUAGCUUUAUGUAUUCAGUAUUUAAGAGUGUUCGCAAGUAAACCUUGCGCAGUGCCUGACUUGAAACCGUAUUUAGCAAUGAUACCUCAGAAAGAGAGGGAGGAUCGUUGCAGGGACUUCUUAACAUGCUUGGGCUUUGAUGAGAAUAGUGAACCUGAAUCGCAAGACGAUAUACAGCGCCACAUAUCCUGUCUGUGCGCGUGGCGGCUCACGUCGCCCAUGUGCACUGCGGACGAGUACUUGGAUGUGGCAGCGACGCUUCGUCGACAGUAUCUACGCUGCGUAAGGCAAAGACUCGUGGCGGCCACAACUACGGAGUUCUGUGCAGCCGAUGGUUAUGGGAUUCUAGCUGCACAUCACUAUUUCUAUGCUGCGGUUCAACAGCAGAAUGCCUCGCCUAUAGUAGAAGCAUUAUGUUUACUAGAACUAGUUUUGCAUAAAUCACCUGCUAAUUUCCACGCUAAGGUGCUCCUCAUCGCUCUUUACCAUCUAUUGGGCAACGCGGUGGCGGCGGAGUCCGUGUACCGGCGGCUGGAGGCCAAGCACGUGCAGCUCGUGUCGCUGGGCUGGCUGCACGCCGCCCGCCUGGCGCCCGCGCUGGCGCCCGCGCGCGCGCUGCCGCUGCUGGCCGACACGCACGCCUUCCACAGGCACCACGCCAAGGACAGCAUGGAGCACCUGACGUACGCGUACAAGUACGGCACGUUCGAGAAGCUGGUGGAGCUGAGCGCGUGGGGCGCGCGGCUGGAGACGUGCGCGUGGUGCGCGCUGGCGGCCCGCGAGCGCGCGCUGCUGGCGCUGCUGGCCGGCCCGCGCGCGCCGCUGCACGCGCCGCCGCGCCUGCCCGCCGCGCCCGCUGACAAUCGCGAUCUCAACGCCAUCGUGAGCUGGGAACCGCCGCAGUGCAUCGACCCGGAACUUAAAUCGCGUACUUUCGAGCAAGACGUGGCGUAUUUGCGCCUCAAGGACGCCCUGGUUUCCGCUAUAGCACUAUGCAUAGAAUGCUCAGACAACCGUAGUGCAGAGGAGAAGGGUCCACAGCUGGAGGAGCUGCAGGCCUGCAUCGACGCGUUCGGAGGCGCCAUGGACAAGUGUCGCGAGAAGUAUGGCGGCAAGCAGCGCCUCAGUGUGUCCACACCGCUGCCCUCCAGGAUCAUUGCUUUCGUGGGCUCAUCGGUGCCGUACCGGGAGCUGUACACGUGCGCGCUGCGCAUGACGGGCGCGCUGUGCGGCGCGCGGGCGGCGCGCGGGCGCGAGCACGGCGCCGAGCUGCGCGCGCUGCUCGCCGCGUCCUCGCGCGCGCUGCCCGCGCCGCCCGCGCCCCCCGCCGCGCCCUGGCCGCUGCGCGACACGCUCGAGGCCUACUCCAACUAUCUGGAGUUUAUAGGUGUCGUGACCUUCCUGCUGGGUGUGUGUAACGAGCUGACCGCUCCGGCGAAUACGAAGAAAACGAAAAAGAAGGCGAAUCAGUCUCCCGACCAGAUCCUCACGUCGGAACUGCUGAGCCAGCUGAACGACGACGUGCAGGACGUUAUAGCCUACCUAGAAGAUGUUUUUGAGAAGUGGCCGACGUACGACUACAGCGUAUCGAAACUAGAAGAUGAAAUGGCGAAGCUAGACAUUAACGAUAAAUAUCAGUGCCCAGUGGAACAAAAACUAAAAAAUGGACUCGAUGAAGUUCUUACGGAUGUUAAGAAUAUUUUAAAAAAGAAAUCGAAGUAUUUAAAAUCUUUACAAUAAAGUGGCCUUCCAUAGCGUGUAUAUGCAUAAUGAGUUAUAUGUUUUUUCUACAUACAUAUCUUGUAAAUAAGCCUCGAGUGACUCCGCGCCUAGCCCCGCCCCUGUAGGCGCUAGAAAGGCAUACAAUUUCAUACGCUUUAUAAACUACUAGGCUAUGUUGAUAUUUAUAUCAUCAUCGAAAUAUUAAUAAGCCAUAAUUUUGCAUUUGGUUUGAAUAAACUUAUUUAUGUACAUUUAUAAAUAGUUUGAUAAAUAUAGGUACUUAUACAAAGAAAAUAAAUGCGAAAAGUUUA